AUGGGGGUCUAUACAUUUGUAAUUCUUUUCUUCUUCAUUAUCUGCAUAAAAUCGGAGGAACAGCUAAAUUCUGGUAGCAUAUCUAAUGGACAUUGUGUGGAUGACAUACGGGCACUGCGGCAGGAGUUGGGUGCUCUGAGAGAAAAAGUAUUUCUCCAGGAAACGGAAAUCCUACGCCAGAAAGGAGAAAUAACUCAACUCCGACAGGAAGUGGUCCGAAAACCGAAACAGAGUGUGCCUCCUCAGUCAGUCCCAAUACAAGGCGGAAGUCAACAGACAGACCAAACUAGUUCUAUUGAAUCUUUCUCUCAGUUACAUAAAUGGUCAAAUACAAAACGGUUACUAAUGAAUUCAGCAAACAUUUCAUCUUCCAGUACUUCGGCUUCUCCCAAGAUAGCGUUUUAUGCCAAUCGUAUCAAAGAAAACCAUAAUCUCGCAGUCCACCAAGCUUUAAUAUUUUCGAAUGAUCUAACGAACGUCGGAAAUUGCUACCAUCAUUCUACUGGGACCUUUAUUCCGAACAUCUCAGGAGUGUACGUCUUUGACGUCACAAUACUUCUGUGUUCCCCGGGACAUGAACUCCGAACAGACCUUGUCGUUGAGGGGAACGUAAUGGCAGGACAUUAUACCGGCGACAGUACCAACUGUUCUAACGGGGGAGGGAUGGCAGUACUGCACAUCAAUGCUGGUGACAGUGUAUGGGUUAGGGUGCAAACAUCUGAUGGGACAAACGGAAUUGCUUGGGAGAGUAGUUUUUCUGGUUUUCUUUUGUAUGCAGAUUAAU